AUGGAUGACAUGUUUAAUGCUGCCAUUGAGAAGUGGUCUGAUACACGACUCAAAGCUUUUCUCGAUGCCCGCGGUGUACCUGUUCCUCAAGGGUCAAAGCGCAAUGAGCUUCUGGCCAAGGUGCGACUGCACAGACAUAAAGCAUCCACUGGAUAUUCAGCUUGGACCUUCGACACCUGGACUAAAGAGAAUCUCGGAAAAUACUUAUCUUCUCAACACCAAAAGGCUAUGGAAAAGCUUAGUAGCAACCGAGAUGAACUCCUGAAGCAAGCCCAAGACGCAUAUGCCAGUGCUUCCAAGACCGGCGGCAGUAACUACGCUUCAGUGACGUCUUAUAUGGCUUCCGCUACCGGGGCAGCCAAGGACAUGACCUUCAACACCUGGUCAAAGGACGAUCUCCGGAGAUACUUGGAAUCCUACGGACUCAAAACUAAGCGUGACGCUGAGAUUGACGAACUGCGCGAGCAAGCGAGGCAGAAUGCGAACUACUUCAUGUAUGGCACACUCAAGCAGGAAGCGGGUAUUUUCGAUCGAGCCUGGAGUGCUGGCCAGUGGGUUUGGGACCAACUAAAGAUUGGCGCUUUGAGUGGAAGAGCCCAGGGACAGAAGGCUGCCGAUUCUGCAAAGGAUAAGGCAGCCGGCGCCAGGCAGAAGGUUGACUUGUAA